AUGGACUUUGAAUCUUCAAAUAAAAGAUCAAGAGAUACUUUUGAAGGAGGACAAGGUUUUGAAAGUAAUUAUCAACAACCAUCACAAUCAGAUUUUGAUUCAAAAAGACAAAGAAUAGAUCCAGCUCAAGAAUUAAUAAAUAAUGUUUGUAAAGAUAUUAGAAGAUUAGGAGAAAACCCCAGUAUAAGUACACAAAUUGAAGAUGUGAAUUAUAUAUCAAAUCCAAUAGUUGCAGAAUUUGAAAAAAUUGAUAAUUUAAGAAAUUCAAUUUUAUCAACUUUAUAUGCAUUAAUUAUUGAACAACCUCAUAAAAUAAAUGCAAUUGCAAAUUUAGUAUUUAUUUGUAAUUCUAAAAAUUUUGUUAUUGCAAAAUAUGUUGUUGAAUUUUUACAUGGUAAAAUACAAAUCUUGUUAGAUUCAAUUGGUGGGAACGAUAAUUCUUUAAAAGAAAAUGCAGGAGUUUUUAAUAACAUCAAAAGUAUUUUAAAAUUUUUUGGUGCAAUUACUCCAAUAAUUGAAGAUUACUCAACUAUAAAUAUUUUUAAACAGUUUUUACAAUUUGCUAUAGAUUUACAAUCAUCAUCAGAUAGUAGAAAUGGUAUAGCUCAAGAAAUUUUUUAUAAUGUAUUAGUUGCAACACCUUAUUUAUUAAGUAAUGAUAAAAGUGAAGAAUUACAUGGGUUUUUAAAUGAUAUAAUUGAAUUGGCAGAACAAUUCCCAAUUAUUGAACCAGAAACAAAUAAGAUGCUUCAACCAUUUGAUUCAAAAAUGGAUAAUUUAGAUAUCCCUUACCAGCCUAAAAAAAUGAUUGACUUAAUCUUACCAUCAUUAAAACAAUUACAAAAAAAUGACUGGCAAUUGAGUUUAUUCUUAGAUUUUGAACCAUUUUUGGACCCAAUUAUAAAAAAUUCUUUAGAAAACAACUCUGUUUCAAAAGAUUUGAUCAAACAUAAGUUACCACAAUUCUCAUUACCAUCACAAGAGAAAAUGAAAAAUUAUAAACCAACAAAUGAAGAAAAUAUUGAUCUUUUAUGGCAACAAAACUCAAGAGUAUUGUUUCAAGUUUAUAAUCAAAAUACUGAAUUUGAAACUGUACCACCUAUUGAAUCUUACAUUGGAUUAUUUUUCAAAGAUAUUUCAUUUGAUAUUUUAACAAACUUGUCUUUCAAUAAAAAUGAAGCAUCAAUUCAAUUAUCAAUUUUAGAUUUGUUUUUUAAUAAGGAAUUAUUUGCACCAAUGGGUACAUCAAUUGAUCAAUUAUCAUUAAUUUAUGAAGACAACAAGAAUGGUGAAAAUAUUCCAAUGUUAUCAACUUGGAAAAUCGAAGAUAUUGCAGUUGAAAGUAUUUUGACUAUGAUUUUCCAACUACCAAGAACUUUACAUAGAGAAAUUUAUUAUUAUACAGUAUUAAUUGCAUGUUGUAAAGAAAGUCCUGAAUCAAUGGCACCAGUAUUUGGUAGAGCUAUUAGAUAUUUUUAUAAUAAUUUACAAACAUUAGAUUAUGAAUUGAAAAUUAGAUUUUUGGAUUGGAUGACUACACAAAUUUCAAAUUUUGAAUUUAGUUGGAAAUGGGAAGAAUGGAUUGGUGAUUCACAAGAAUAUGCAAGUUUAAGGUAUCAUCCAAAGAAGAAUUUUAUAAGAAAUUUAAUUGCAAAAGAAAUUAGAUUAUCGAACAAAAGGAAAAUCAAAGAUAGUUUUAUGGAUGUGGUUGAUGAAGAUGUUGUGAAUUUUGAUGAAUUUUAUCAAUAUUUAAAUAUAUCAAUGUUCACAAAUGUUGAAGAAUAUAUUAUAAAUUAUGACUCAAGCUUAUACGGAAACUCUCCAGAAAUUAAAGACAAGAUUAAAGAAAUUUAUGACCAAAAGCAAUUAGCAUUACAACUGAAAAAUAUGGUCAGUUUUCAGGAUGAAUUAUUUUAUAACUUCACAAACCCAGAAUUACCAUUAAAUGAAGUUGGAUCAAGAGUUUAUGAAUUUAUUAUAUCACAUCACAAAACAGAUAAAGAAUUUGAUGAAUUAUACCAUUCCAUAAUUGAAGAUGUUAAUAAAUUUAAUGAAGAGUCUGAAUCAGUAAAAAUCCCAAUAUCCGAAAAAUUUGCAAUAAAUUUAAUUUUCCAAACAUAUGCAUACAUCGGAUCUAGAUCAAUCUAUUCAGAAGUCAGUAUAUUAAGUAGGGAUGUUGAAAAAUUGAAAUUUUUAAGUGGUGAAAUAACUGACAACAAAUCCAAAGAAGAAUUCACAGACUUGAAAUUAUCUGAAGAAGAUAUAACAAAUAGACAAAAUUGGAUAAUUGAUUCAAUUUUCAGAGUUUGGAUUCAUCAACCACAAGUUGUAUUUUUAAUCUUAGAAAAUUUAAUAGAAUUUGGAAUUAUAAAAUCUCAAUAUGUUAUUACAAAGGCUUUAAAAUCAAAUCUUAUUAUUGAUAAUGUUUCAUGUAUGGAAUCAAUAAACAGAAUUUUAGAAAAUACAAAAGCUUCAUCAUCACAAAAUGAAAUCAAGACUUUAGUUCAUCAAUUAUUCACAAUCAUUGUUAAAAAUUUGAAUGAUUUAGAAUUAGGCGUCAAUGAUAUUGUUAAAAUAGAUGAAUUAGAUGGAAGCAAUGCAUCUGAAGUUGAUAAACAAUGGUUAUUUUAUGAGUAUUUGGGAUUAUUGAAAACUUAUUUUAGAAAAUUUAUCAAAAAUGAAAAUCUUGAUGAAGAUUAUUUAAAUGAUAUCAAAACUAUUUUCAAUGAUUUAGAUAAUAUACCUACUAGAAUUGAUAUCUUAUCUUGGUUUAAUGAAAUAAGUUGA